AUGACAUCGCCGGAGGCCAAGGCCCCGCCAUCAAGAUGGACAGCCGAAGCAGCUUUCAUCGGCAACGAGAAAUCUGCCAAAAUAUUCCGUAAGUUUUCUGAAGUUUCCACAGCCAGCCCCAGCACCCCCGAUGAGAUCCGCGGCGCAGCUCCAUGGCUGACACGGAUGGAUGACGCGGACGGCAGCUGGGGUCUUCAGAGUUCCAGCGGCUUCAAUUCCUGGGCGUUGACGAGUUGGCGCAGCAUCGGAACGUCAGCCAACGUCUUGGAGAGAACCGUCAGGAGCCUGGGAGGCCGCGAAUACUUUGCGCAUCGCAAUGAGGUGAUUCUGCGUUGCGGCGAGCUGGCCAGUGGGGUGCAUUUCAUUUUGGAUGGGACGCUUCAAGUCUUGGCCUUGGGCGAAGUGGAGAAGCGACGAGGGGAGCAUUGGGCCAUGGUGAAGGUUGGAGAGCUGCAGGAGGGGGAGAUGCUGGCGCUGCCAUGGUUGGAGAAGAGACCCUCGCGCUUCUCCUUCCGAGUUCAGUCCAAGAGUCUGACCGCGAUCAUGCUCACAGGUGCCGAGAUGACGGCGAAGACCGAGAGCUAUUUCAGUCAGCGCUCGCACGAAGAACGCCGUCGAGAAGAAGCCUGGGAAAGCAGCGCCCUGCAGCAGUUUGAGGAGCGACAAAGGGAGCAGCAAGAGCUGGAGGAGCAGUGA